UCCCUUAUUGUGUUCUAUUUAUAUAGAUUUUAGUGUUACUUUUUUAUGUAUAUAUAUAUUUAUGAAAUGUUUAUUUAAUAAAAAAAUAUGCAACUGAAAUAAAAAUAUUUAUUGUAAGUAGAAAACUCUUAUAAAUAUUCACUAAUGUACAAGAAAUAAAAGAUAAAGUAGUACAAUGACAGCUCUAAUUGAAUAUUGACAGUGUUGUUUACAUUUAAAGACUCUACAUUACAUCAGUGGACUUCAGCGUAUAUUUGAAAUUAACAGAGCAUUCCAAGGAGCCACGUGAUUGGUUGAUUUGUGUUUUAUGUCAUACGUGUGACAUCAGUUGUAGAAACCAAAUUCAAAACAAAAUUUUUACUCAAUCUUGAUACACACACACAGAUUUCUCAAAAGAUUUUCUGCUGCUUCUGAAUCUUGUUGAUAUCUUCAUGAUGACGAGCACGGUGAGGACCUUCACAGGUGAGUAUGGCCUCCGAAGGACACGAGUUCGUUCAAAAUUUUUGGAUGAUUACUGUGUAGGCCAGUUGAGUGUUUCCAGGUCGAAGGUGUCGAAGGUAGCGGACCUCCCAGUGAUGGCGGACGUGACCGGGUUGGACCACACCUACAGCUGCAUCUCCAGAGCCGUUCAGCCACCGAAGAAGAGGAAGAGAGAUGCUGAGCUGCAGGAGGACCACCAGACGCUGGAGGACAGGUACAUGCACAACACCGCUGUUAUUCCUGACCUUUGUCCAGCACUUUUCAGGCCUCCGGUCUCAGCACCAUCCGUGGACCCGGCACCAGAGGAACCUCUCUACAUCAACGGCCGCACCGUGGAGGACUUUCAGGAGAUCUAUCACUCCACGGUGGAUCCCCUCCUACGGUUGCCCUCUGGUCGGCUUCGUCCCUACAGCCUGGAUCUGGGUCUGAGGAUCAAGCAGCGCCUGUGGGAAGCACUCAACCGUCCCAGCUUUUGUGAGGAAGAGCAGGCUGAUGGAUCCAUCCGCAUCAGAGAGAUCUUCUCCACACCAGGAGCUGCUCCUCCUCGCAUCGAAGUGGACAUCAGUGGAGAGCCUUCUCCCAAGAGGUACUGAAUCAAUGUGUGAUUUAUAAACACACAGAUCAGUCACACCUAAAACUACUGCUGUAAAUAUUGUAAAUACCACUUUAGAUACGUAGCAUAAGUAUAAGAAUUUCAGCAAUGCUUUUCAAAUUUUUUGAUAAUUGUGUAAAAUGUAUUACUAAAGAUUUCAUUGCACUUUACAUGAGGUAUGGUCCCAUUUUAAUGAGUUUGUGAUCCUGGUCUUGUUAAUCUAUGUUGUGUUUCAUGUUAUGGCUUUUUGAGAUUCUUCUGUUUCUGGUAUCUUGAUUUUUGCAGGUUGUUUCGGGUUCAGGUUUUGUCUUUUGCAGGUUGUU